ACAAUUUUUUUUUGUUGCUUUUUUUCAUCCGACCAACGGCCUGGCUGUGUAUGAAAUAUCUUGUCUGUACUUGCAUUCGCGUAAAUGGGGGAGUCUUGUACACCCCACGUACACACUUCAACAUCUAGGAAAUCUGUUUUGGAGUGACAACAUCCUGGGGUGCUAUCUAAGAUUGACUUAAACGAUUGAUUGGACGUAAACAAUAUUUUUGUUGGUUUCUGGCUGGUGUGUCUGCCAGCUGUUUGGAACGCAAAAUGGAGCAAGCUGCGAGCCGAUACCAAGUGUUGCACAACGAGGACGACCUGUCGGAGGCCUCCACCAGUGCAGUGCCAUCCACCUCGGCCCAGGGCGCCUGUGCCAUCACGCCCGAGCUGGCAGGUGCUGCCUGUGCGGCAGUAGACCCCGAGUUGCCGCCGCCCCCCUACGACAGUGUUGCCCUGGGGGCCACCGCUGCACCAGAAGGCAGUUUUCACGGGGACUUUCCGGUGCCUCCGCCAUACAGUGUUGCCACAUCUCUGCCAACCUACGAUGAAGCGGAGAAGGCCAAAGCUGCAUCCAUGGCGGUCUCCGCUGUUGAGGUGGUGCCGCGGGAUGAAAUGGACUUCCCCCCGCGGGACGACUUCAGCGAUGCUGACCAGCUCAGGGUGGGAAACGAUGGCAUCUUCAUGCUGGCGUUCUUCAUGGCCUUCCUCUUUAACUGGAUCGGAUUCUGCCUGUCCUUUUGCUUGACCAACACCAUUGCGGGUCGCUACGGCGCCAUCUGUGGGUUUGGCCUGUCUCUCAUCAAAUGGAUUCUCAUAGUCAGGUUCUCUGACUAUUUUACUGGAUACUUCAAUGGGCAAUACUGGCUCUGGUGGAUCUUCUUAGUUCUGGGUAUGCUGCUGUUCUUCCGGGGGUUCGUGAAUUACCUGAAAGUUCGCAACAUGUCAGAGAACAUGGCCGCCUCACACAGAAUGCGCUUCUUCUUCCUCUAUUAAAGAGGUUGCCACACCAAACAUUCCUCCCUAAUGUGAAAUUCUGUGAUGAUUUGCAACCCGUCAAAUGAACUGGACUGGAGCCCGAAGGGGGGGAAAGAAGAAGAGGAGGAGGAGGAGGAGGAGGAGGAGGGGGGGAAGAAGAAAAAGAGAAAGGAAAAAAAGGAGUGCAUUAGUGCUGCCAAAAAAGCCCAGGCUCCCCUCAUUAAAAGUCAAAGAACUGAUGCACUCCUUCCCCAAAUGAGUACAGAUUAACCAAGUUAAUAUUAGGCUUGUGUAAUAUCCUUCCUUGCCUUUGUAUGCUCUUAUUUAAUUACUUGUUAUACAAAAUGGAGUGAUACUCACACACACACACACAAACAGACUUAAACACAUGCACAUGCACACACGCACACACACUCUCUCACAGUGCAACACUUUACAAUGUGGAGUAAUACUUUUGUAGUAGGAAUCUAAUGUCAACUGUAGAGAACCAGGUACACAUUAAGAGUAUGCACCCAGGAUGUGCUAUGCAAACGGUUCCUGCCUUUUCAAUUAUGAAGAACCAGACAAAUGUAGAACGUUAGUGCUCCCUCCCAACCCCAGCCCCAACCCCACUCCUGCUUGUUCCAUUUAGAACUCUGUAAGCUUUGUUGCAUUGCAGUAUUGAAGUAACCUCUUUAAUAAGAGCUUUCUCUUUCCCCUCAUGGUUUGAUCAUUGAAGCUAAUGCCAACUAAAGAUAUGUUUGCACUACAUGAGGACUUUCCCCUUUCCUUCCAUAUACUCUUAGUAGUGCAUCAAUAGAUCGCUUUGUCAAUCAGGUUUGGAAUUCUGGAAUUUGUAUUUAUCUUAACCGAAUAAAGAGAUUUUGCCAUUUUUGCACCAUUAUAAUUUAAGUUGCUAUUUUGGAUAUUGUCAUUGUAGCUACAUACAGUAUAUAGAUUAUUGCAAUCUGCUAAAACUGUGAUACUUUUUCCCCCUGUCUUGGCUAGAUUUUGUUAGUGCUUGAAAUGCUAUACAUUUCAUCCAUUUGAUUCCACAAACAGCCUCUUCAGCAAUAUCAGUUAUUUAAUGAAACAUUUAAGUGCAUGGUUAACUUGUUUGCGCUGGUUGGGAAAAUGAAAAAAAAAAUGACAGUCUUAAAAACAGUGCAAUACAGUAAUUUCAAUAUACAUUUGUUAAACCAAACUCUUUUUUUCUUUUUCUGUUGGAAAUGAAAAAUCGGGAGCAUCUGGAGUCAGAGAGUUGGCUGUGUGCUGUGUGUUAAUUCUCUUGUCCUGCAAAAUUGCUAUUAAAGUUCCACUGGAACCUUGUGAUCCCC